AUGACAGACUACAUCGACGCUUUGUCGCAGCGGGAGCUCGUCUAUCCACCCAGCUCGUUCCCAUCAUACUCCAAUAUGGCCUACGACGUGUUGGGGCAGAUCGUAGAACUGAAGACGGGCAAGAACUACUCCGACCUCAUCGCCCACGAUGUAGCUCACCGCCUUAACAUGCCGCGUACAAGCCUGCUUAAGCCGGACGAUUCCCUCGGCGUGAUCCCUACUGAUCUAGCAAACCAAUCCUGGAAUGAAGACUUUGGCUGGGCUGCCCCUGCUGGCGCCAUGUACUCGUCUGCAUCCGACCUGGCGCGAUUCGCAAGGCUGGUUCUGAAUGACCUGGCUUCGUUCAAUGAGACCAGUCUUGGCCUGCCCGGACAGAUUCUCCGCGAGUGGUUCAAGCCGCACUCGUACACUGCCUCAAACGUCGGAUUUGUGGGCCUGCCAUGGGAAGACGUCCGGCCUUCCAUUCCUGGCCUUAAUGGCGGUUUCCCUUUCACCGUCCAUAUCAAGAGCGGCUCCCUCAUUGUCUACGAAUCCGAGCUGGCCAUUGUCCCAGAGUACGGGUUCGGGCUCUCGGUUCUCGCUACAGGAGGCCCCAGCGGCACAGUUCGGGUCUUCGAAGACGAGCUUGUGCUAGCGUUUGCCCGAGCGGUCGAGGCCAAACGGGUACAGUAUGCAAACGACACAUACGCCGGGACCUACUCCGCAGCAGUCGGGAACAGCACCGCCGUCUUCGAGCUCAAAGUUGCCGACGACGGUCUUGGCCUGGAACUUGUGCGCUGGGAAUAUGGAAGUCUGGACAUUCUUGGUAUCCUGCUCAACCCAUCGGCGCCCAUGGAAUCUGCUGGCAUAGUCGGCGCACCCAUCCAUCAGUUCCAUCAGUUCGUGCGCCGACAGUCCACCAACGCUACCACCCCUGUUUACCGACUCUUCCCGACCCAAGCUUUCAUUCCGGACACAUGGCGCAUGAGCGUCUGGUCGCCCGCCUCGCCCGCCACGCCCGUGACCGAAUCGAUCUUUGCGGGCAACUGCGGUGAGUGGUACGGGACGGACGCUGUGUAUUAUGGAGGCCAACCGGCUGACAAGAUACGCUUUGUUCGAGACGAGGCGGGCUCAGUGGCGGGAGUGGAGAUUCCGUGGCUGAGGUUGAAGCUCGCGAAGCAGGCUUUGUGA